UAUCGGCAUUGUGAAUUUAUCAGUUAACAUGGCAUCUCAGGGAGCACCAACAACGUGGUUCAACAAACGCGUAUUUUACGUUAACAACGAACCAAUGAAAUUUCAUUUGGAUGGAUUCGAUCAGGUUGAGACUUACAAAAUAAUCAGCAUUGUCCAGGCUUACGGAGGAAAAUAUUCGGAGCCCGGAAAGGAUGUGGUCAUUUUCACGGAGCCACAUCGCUCUAGUGGGAAAUAUGACAACAUUUUUUCGGCCAAAUAUCUAUAUGACUGUGUUUCGUCGAAUAACACGCAGGAGCUCUCGAAAUACUCGCUCUCGAAGACGUCUGUAACACCGUCAGCCCCAAGUAAAAAUGGAGAAAUUAGACAAGAUCCUCUGAACAAGAGUAAUAAUGUCGACAGCAAGUCAACAAUUCAGGGAAAUGCUUCACCCGAAAGACAACUUCGGAGAGAUCAGCCUCCGAAUAAUCUCGUUCUCUCACGCCAACUCAAGAAUACAAUUACGAUAAAAGCAGAAGUACAUUCUGAGGAAGAUUACCUCGACGAAUCCAACGAGAACCCGAGAAGCCUCGAGCCUCGCAAGAGGAAAAUCAAAGUUGGAUGUUCCAACUGCAAGGUCACCUGGCCCUCCUUCUCCCUAAUCGAACUUUCGGAUUUUGAUGACGAUGGGAAGGAUCAAGUGCAGCUUCGAGAGAAGCGCAGAAGGUCGAAUGAAGGUUCUGCGAGACCUAAUCGAGUUGAAUCCCAGCCUCAAUGUUCCAAUGGUGAUUAUAACUCAAGAAAAAAAGAAGAAUUUUCCCCUGAGACGAAUGGGGAAUUGGAUUCUUGUGUCGAGGGAUUCGGGUGUGCUAGGAUCAGAAUUUAUGAGGGAGCUAAGACCCCUGGGAGGAAGGAUUUAUCACGAGAUAAAUCAGGAAAAUCUGGGGUCGUAGGACGUUAUGAGAGAGUUACGACGAUCGAGAUGAAUCCAGAAUCUUCUGAUUAUAUUCACAAUGAUUCGAUUAAAUCAGAGUCGAGGAAGAUGAGGAGAGUGCACUGGGCUGAGGAAUCCAUUGGGUCCGAUGGAUCUAGGUGAACACCUGGCCUCGAAGCGUGAAGCAAGGCGAUGAUAGAUUCAACGCAACAAUUAUGAAUAUUCUGUUAAGCCAUAAAUAAAAACUCUAAUAAACUGUUAUAAACUCAUUAA